GUUUGACUUGUAUUAAAAAAAUGUCGGGGUCGGGUGCCUGGUAAAAAGAGAUGCACAAUUCGUUUUACAAUUCACAGCGACUUUUUAAGAAUUGAUCAUGGGCCAUGGAAGCUCAAAAUCAGAAACUGACGAUGAAUCUCCGUCUUCGUCUUCAUCUCCGUCUCGCAUUGCUCGGCUUCGUCAGAAGCUCCACGAUCGGCGCCACCGCAAACGAAAAGCCGACAUCCCUCACUCCAAACUACUCCAUUCCAGCGAUUUCGCCGGAAUUGCGCUCCUCAAUAUCAUUUCUGCCGAGAUGAAGUUAAAAGACAAGUGGCUUGCUUGCGUUUCUUUCGGUGAACAAACGUUCCGCACUUCCAUCUCUCAUCACACCACCAAACCAACCUGGAACUCUGAGAAAAAGUUUCUUUUAGAAAGAAAUGGGCCUCGUAUCGCCAGAAUAUCUGUAUUUGAGACUAACAGAGUGUCAAAGAACAAUAUCGUUGGUUAUUGUGAGAUUGAUUUGUUUGAGUUUCUUGCUCGGGAAUCGGAUUUAGACACUGAAGUAUUUGACUUGUUAGAUCCAUCAUCUCCUGAUGUUAUUGUCGGCAACAUUGCCGUAUCAUGUUCGGUUGAGGAUCCUGUGGAAACUGAAAAAGGGUUUGCAAGACGCAUCUUGGCUAUUGUGGACUACAAUGAGGAUGGCAUGCUUUCAUAUUCCGAGUUCUCUGAUUUAAUUAAUGCAUUUGGCAAUCAAUUAGCAUCUAACAAGAAAGAAGAGCUUUUUAAGGUGGCUGACGAGAAUGGAGAUGGAGUUGUGAGCAUUGAUGAGUUGGCUAUGCUUCUCGCCAUUCAACAAGAAAAGGAACCACUGAUCAAUAAUUGUCCUGUUUGUGGCGAGAGUCUACAAGUCUCUGACCAGCUAAAUAAUAUGAUACAUAUGACCCUGUGCUUUGAUGAAGGUACAGGAAGUCAGACUAUGACGGGAGGAUUCUUGACUGAUAAGCAGGCAUCUUAUGGGUGGAUGUUUAAACUAAGUGAAUGGGCUCAUUUUUCAUCAUAUGACGCAGGUUUAAAUUCUGGGUCAAGUGCUUCACAUAUUGUGGUUUUCGACAGGCAAAAGCAAAGGCUAGUAGAGGAAACAAUUGAUGGGAAAAUUGUCUUGUCAAUGAGAGCUAUUUACCAAUCUAAAGUAGGGCUUGGAAUAAUGGAUAAAGGGGCAAAAGAGUUGUUGCAGAGCAUCUCGGAAAAACAAGGAAGAAAAAUGAAUUCAGCUGAAUCCGCUAAAGAUAUACCAAAGUUCAUCGAUUUUUUCAAGGAUCAAAUAAAUAUGGCUGACGUUAAUCACCCCCUCGAACAUUUCAAGACAUUUAAUGAAUUUUUCAUAAGAGAGUUGAAGCCUGGUGCAAGACCAAUUGUUUCUCCAGAAUGUGACGAUGUUGCUGUCUGUGCUGCCGAUAGCCGUCUAAUGGCUUUUAAAACUGUUGAAGAUAGUAUGAGAUUUUGGAUUAAGGGUCGAAAGUUUUCCAUCCAAGGACUUUUAGGGAGUGAGGGAGACCACAGUGCUUUUAUUGGUGGAACCUUGGUGAUAUUUCGGUUGGCCCCACAGGAUUAUCAUCGUUUUCACUUCCCAGUUUCUGGAACUAUCGAGCAGUUUGCUCAAAUACCUGGAGCUCUAUAUACGGUUAAUCCAAUUGCAGUGAAUAGCAAAUAUUGUAAUGUCUUCACAGAAAAUAAGCGCACGGUAUCUAUAAUUUCAACCGAAGACUUUGGAAAGGUGGCAUUUGUUGCAAUUGGAGCCACGAUGGUUGGCAGCAUUACUUUCACCAAGGAGAAGGGUGAUCGGAUUCGGAAAGGAGAUGAGUUUGGAUAUUUCUCGUUUGGCGGCAGUACUGUCAUAUGCGUCUUUGAAAAGGAUGCCAUCGAGAUUGAUGAGGACCUCUUAGCAAAGAGUUCAAGAUCAAUUGAAACCUUGGUUCGUGUUGGAACGAAAUUGGGAGUUUCCAUCAAGAAGCAGACUCAAAUGCAGAUGCCAGACAUAAAGAACCUUGUCGUGGGAUCUGACUAGUUGCAUUGAGAAACAUAUGUUUAUACAUAAAUAUGUACACAUCUCAUGUUAAUACCGUAGCACUUGCUGAAUCUCAUAGGAUAUAUCAUGUCGAUUGGAUUGGCCAAGUACGUGAUAGGGAAGUGUAUCAUUUGUACUAUAAGCCCAUAUAUUGAUAUAUUGUUCAACUUUUGAGUGGCUGGUAAAUAUAUUAAUUUUCUGAUCAA